UGGUGAAGUGAAAAAACAAACAAAAAAAAAAAACAAAAGGAAUUCCUUCUUCUUCUGUUAGUGUCCACAAAGUGUGUAUAUCCGCUCAUUCGAAGUAAGACGCAAACAAAAAAGGAAGGCGAAAGAACCUAGACAACCUAGAGUGCGAAUAUCUACACAGAAAGUGAAAAUCAAAGAAAAACUAUUCUAACCUACAGCAAGUACAUUUUUUCGCUUGCUGCCAGCGUCUCCAACUGCUGCUUCUACAAACGCGUCUGCGUACCGCCUGCUGCGCGUCUGUCAUAAAAUAUCAAUUUGUGAUUUUUCAAUUUUGCCGCCGACAGAUAAACGCAAACGUGUUGCAAUAAAUACUCACCGCGUUACCCGCAACGCCCACGAGACUCGAUCAUUUAUUAGACGCAUUAGACGUGCCACAAAUACUAACGAAGUAAGUAGUGCGUGUGUGCGAACAAAAAGAAAAACUAAUAAUUCGCCUAGUGAGCGCGUGUGGCAAGUGUGAUAAAAAGCAUAAAUAUAAACGAAGAAAAAACAGCAACAACAAAAACAAAAACAGAAACAAAACAUAUGUAUAUGUAUAUCUACAAUAAUAGUUGUAUUUGUCAGUGGUGCGUACUCGAACCGCAGCGGCCUGUGGCAAGAUUGCGGUGAAACGUGCUCGCAUUAGCUUAAGCCGCAAUUGGCAAUACAGAAAUAUACAUAUACACACACAUAAAUAUAAUAACAUACGCUUACACGCCGCUUAAUCCAUUCAAUUCAUUUUCCGCGUUAAGGCAACGGAACAACAAUUUGACUUUCCUCACAGCUUCUACAACUUACUUGCACUUACACGUCUCAGUGUAUGCGCGCGCGCGUGUGUGUGUGUGUAUUGUGGUUAUAAAAACGUACAACCGAAUGUUUGCUUGUAAUUUGCGGUCAAUGAAAUUGCCUCUUAGCCCAGCCCUUGGUGGCUUCAUGUCGUCGUACGCCUCCGUUGCGGCUUCCGCGUUAACGUCGGUGUCGUCACAGUCGCAGUCGCAGUCGCAAUCGCUAAAUUGUUGCAAGUGCGACGCGCGUGAAGUGAAGAUGUCAGUUGACUUACACAACCGUUGCUCGUCGCGUAGCCAGGGACAAAUGUGGAGGUGUGUUGGUCUCAGCUCGAAAUGUGGCAAUGGGAUUAGCAAUUUUACUCAGUGCUUAAUUACGUGCGGAUUGCUGUUGCUCUUGGCUGCUGGUAACGCUAUCGUUGAGGGCGCACUACGAAAUGUCAAUUUAAUCAUCGAACCACCAGCAGUGAGACGCGGCCAACACGCCAUUGUGCGCUGUCUCUACGAUUUGGAGGGUACGCCACUCUACUCGGCCAAAUUUUAUCGCGGUCAAUUGGAGUUCUAUCGCUAUACACCUGGUGAAUUUCCGAAUACGAAAGUUUUUCCAUUUCCCGGCAUACAUGUGGAUGUGACCAAUUCAAAUGCAACGCAAGUGCUCAUCCGCAAUGUGGGCUUCGGUUUGUCCGGUAAUUUCUCUUGCGAAGUGACGGCAGACGCGCCGCUCUUCUCAACAGCCACAGCCACGGGAAUUAUGCAAGUUGUCGAAUUGCCCGAAAAACGGCCAACACUUUUUACCGAACACACACGCUACGAACCGGGCGAUGUUUUGCGUGCCAACUGUAGUACGCCACCGUCGAGGCCACGCGCUGAGCUGAAAUUCACAAUAAAUAAUAUGGUGGUUGGCACAUCGGAAACUCAAUACGUACGCACUAUUGACAAUUUGAUGGCAUCACGCAUCAGUUUGAAAUUGCAACUGCAGGGCAUACACUUUUCCAGUGCGAAUCCUGCACUGCUACAUCAGGGCAGCAGCCAAGGUUAUGGCGGUUACAACGGUGCUGGCGGCGGCGUUGGCAGUAAUUAUGGCGGCAUGAACUCGGUGCAUAGUUUCGGUAGUGGUGGUGGGGUCGGUGUGGGCAGUGGUGGUGGUGGUGGUGGUGGUAAUGUUGGCAGCUUAGUUUUACGUUGUACAGCGCAAAUUGGUGAUUUGUAUCAAGAGUACAAGGAAAUUGAAUUGGGCACGCCGCAGAAGGAUCCGGUGCCGGCGAGAGUUACUCUUUCGUCCGGCUCUAGCAUGACAAACUUUCUCAGCUCGUACUUUUCCUCCGCCAGUGGCAGGUCACCACCACCAACAAUUAUGGCAAUGUCACUAAUGGCAUUCGCUAGCAUUACAGCAACAACAACGGCAACAACACUUGGGACAACAACAAUAGCCUGGGUAGGUGUUGUUGCUAAAUUAUGCAUUGCAACAUUUGCAUUCUUUAAUCAAAUGAUGCAGUCGGUGCACAAAUUGAGCGGCAAAUGUAUGAGGCAACAAGUGCAAAACCAACAGCAACAACAACUAUUACAACUACAACAAAAACGAAGAGCAAGUGCAAAUCUAUGUUACGCCAAGCGUAUCGAUAGUUGCGAACAACAACUACAACAACGACAACAGCUGCUGCCCGUGCAAUUGCUGGUGAGGCAAAAUAAUGCACAGCAACAGAAGAAACAGCAACAACAACAACAGAAAUGUAUGCUUAAUACUACACCCUCACCCUCCUUCUCAUCCUCCUCUGCGUCGGUAAAUGUACCGUCAGUCACUCACAGAUAACUUAAAUCAAAUUAAAUGAGUUAAUUGAAUUAAAGAUAUGAAAAUAAAUUAAAAAAGUAAACACUAAACUAAAUAAUAAAUGAUGUUAACGAGAAGGCGAAGAAGAGAGCGAUGAAAAAGAAGCUUAAGUGAAAUAUAAUAAAGUAAAGGACGGUAAAUGAGAAGGAACUAGGCUAAUUAAUAUUAUUGUAUUUUUAUAGUAAUUUUAAGUGAAUAUUAUGUUUUACGUGUAAUUACAACAACAAAAACAUAUAAUAAUACAAAAACAAAUACUUACAACAAACAAAACAUUCAUAAUUACAUUUAAUGCGAUUAUAAAUGAGCGCAGCAGCUGUAAGCUAAUAAGUUGCGAGCGAAGGUUAAGGCAGAAGGGUAAUCAAAGUGAAUUCAGCUAAAAAAAAGUUACCCAAUAAAAAAAAUAUGUAUUCUUCGUUUGUAUUUCAAUGCAAGCAAAAGUUGAAAAAUAAAAUAAAAGGCAAUAAAAUUAAAGCUAAUUA